AUGAGCCACAGCUUUGGCCAGCAUCUCAUGAUCGUGUGGUGUGAGCUCGGCGAGGAUGUCGGCUUCCGCCGCGCCGAUAGGAACCUGCGUGCCAUUGGAACAGAAGAAGGCGGCAAGCAUGUCGUUGCCUCCUUCUGGCUCUCUCGCGCCCCCAAUAAUUUCCACGACAAUCUGCGACACAUCAGGAAGGCAGGCUCGUAA